AUGACUUCAGAAAAAAUUGGACAUGCACGCCGGCCAGCAUUUUCCUGGUACUACGCUCCCUCAUUUCUAGUUCUCUGGCUGGGCCUCUUCUAUGCCAUCGUGGUCCCUCUAUACAACAAACUCCCGGAGAGGGUAACAAUUAGGGAGGAGUCCCUCAGGCCUGGAGAAUUCGUGGCGGAACAAGCGGAGAGACAACUUUAUGACUUUGAUAGGAUCGGACCCAAAGUCACAGGAAGUUAUGCGAAUGAAGUGACUACGGUUGAGUUUCUGCUAAAUGAAACGGAGAAGAUCCGCUCCCAGAUGCGCAGCGAUCUCUACGAACUCGAGGUAGAUGUCCAGUCCCCCACUGGUGGCUACGUGUUCAUCGACAUGGUGAAUAUGUACCAGGGAAUUCACAAUGUGAUUGUGAAGCUGAGUUCAAAGAGUUCCCGGAGCGAGUCCUACCUGCUGCUUAACAGCCAUUUCGACUCCAAGCCAAGCAGUCCAGGAUCCGGGGAUGAUGGCAUUAUGGUUGUGGUCAUGCUGGAGGUCCUUCGUCAAAUGGCCACAUCGGAGACACCUUUCGAGCAUCCCCUUGUCUUUCUGUUCAACGGAGCCGAGGAGAAUCCCCUCCAGGGCUCCCAUGGUUUCAUUACGCAACACAAGUGGGCAAAGAACUGCAAGGCUUUUAUUAACCUGGAGAUACCUGGAAGCGGAGGACGUGAUCUCUUGUUUCAAAGUGGACCCAGAAACUCUUGGCUGAUGAAGUAUUAUAAACUACAUGCAAAUCAUCCAUUUGCCACCACAAUGGGCGAGGAGAUCUUUCAGAGUGGGAUUGUACCUUCGGAUACAGACUUUCGGAUAUUCCGGGACUAUGGGAAUAUACCUGGUGUCGACUUUGCCCAGAUUAAGAAUGGAUAUGUUUUGCAUACUGCAUUCGAUUCUUUUGAGGUUAUUCCUGGCCGAUCGAUUCAGAAUACGGGAAACAAUGUUUUGGCUCUGGUACGGGCUUACUCAAAUGCCUCAGAACUCAAUGACACCGAGCAAAAUGUUGGUGGACAUGCCGUCUUUUUUGACUUUCUGGGCCUUUUCUUUGUGUAUUACACAGAGACCACUGGGGUCAUUAUGAACUGUUGCAUAGCAGUGAUUAGUCUGGUUUUGGUGGGAUGUUCUCUCUGGAGAAUGGCUCGCCAGUCGGAGAAGGUUACGAUUCCUCAAAUAACGCUUUGGUUUCUUAUUAUCCUGGGACUGCAUAUACUAGGAGUUCUUCUAUGCUUUGGUCUGCCGCUCCUUAUGGCAGUGCUCUUUGAUGCUGGCGAUCGUUCCAUGACCUACUUCACCAGCAACUGGUUGGUUUUCGGACUCUACAUAUGUCCCUCUAUUAUCGGUCUUGUACUUCCCCUGACCCUUUACUACACCCUGAAACCCAAUAAUAAACUCACCCAUAGCUAUCACCUGCAGAUGAGCUUGCACGCUCACCUGGUAGUACUGGCUCUUCUGUCUUUCAUUUUGACCUCCUUGGGCAUCCGUUCUCAAUACCUGUGCCUCAUUUCCAUGAUCUUCUACGCAGGAGCUCUGCUAAUCAAUUUAGUGAGUAAGCUGCACGAUCGGGGCUACUACUGGGCUUUGAUUGUUGUUAGUCUCCAGGUGCUACCAUUUUGUUAUUUCACCUAUAUUUUCUACAUGUUCCUUGAAAUAUUCUUUCCCAUUGUGGGACGAAUGGGUAGAGGCACAAAUCCAGAUCUGAUUAUAGGCUUACUUUGUGCUUGUUGCGUUUUCUUUUCAAUGGGAUUUGCGGCUCAGUUCAUCAACAUGUUUCGCUGGCCGAAUCUUAUACUCCUAGGGUUGGCAGUGGUAACCUUCAUCUUCUGCAUGAUCGCCGUCUCGGAGGUGGGCUUCCCCUAUCGGCCAAAGACCAAUGUGAUGCGGGCCAGCGUCUUGCACACUCGUCGUAUUUUUCACGAGUUCGAUGGCUCUGUGAGUCACAGUGAUUCCGGCUACUACUUCGACUACCAGGAUAGGAGAGCGUUCAAUCCCCUCCAGGACACCAGUCUUGACCUGACUGGACUCCAGCCUGUGAAGAAUGACUGCGACAAUUACGUGAUGUGCGGAAUUCCCUGCUUCUACUACAGCUGGUGCCGAUGGCGUCAGUGGGCUGGCUGGCUCCCCCGCGAAUCCGAGGUGGAGAUUCCUGGAGAGCUGACUCUUGAGUUUUUGGGAAAGACCAUCCUAGAGUCAGGAACAACAGCUCGAUAUCAUUUCCAGCAGUCUGGACCGCCGCACAUGAAUGUGUUUAUUCAGCCAGUGGGCGAGGCUGUGGUGGAGGAUUGGUCCUUCGUGAGGGACAUGCUGGACGAUCCAGAAGAGUUCCAGCCGCCUUAUCAGAUCUUCUUUUCCUACGGAACAAAUGACAAUCCAUUGACGUUCCACAUUGAUAUGGUGAAAUCUGAUGGAGAUUUUGGGGUACCCGUCUUGGAAAUUGCAGCUGUGGGUCAUUUUGUGAGCUAUGAGUACGCCAGAGAUGCAGAAACUCUCCGCUUUAUAGCAGAUUUUCCCGAUUACGUGCACGUUAUGGAGUGGCCCUCGGUAUUUAAGCGAUAUGUUUUUUAG